UUUAAUAGAUGUAAACCUCCUAACAAGUACUUAAGGCAGUAGAGAAAGAGAGAGCCAUGGCAGCUUCAUUUGUGGCGUUUCAAGUGCAUUGCUCUGCUCAAAAAUCCCCCAUCUCAUUAAAUUCUGAUCACUUCAAGACCCUUCUCUCCUCUACUAUGUUCAAGUUGCAACAGCUUCCCUUGCGAAUCGACAUCUCGAAAGCCAUUAAGAAAACUUCUGUCAAGUUACUGGAUGCGUUUGUUGAUUCUGCAUUCGAGUUUACCGAUCAGCCAUUGCUCCCAUCUCAGAGUAAUUUUGCACCAAUAGAUGAACUGAAAGAAGCUGUUCUUGUCACAAGCAUCGAUGGUGAAAUUCCGGAUGGCUUUCCCGAGGGUGUCUACUUAAGAAAUGGGCCAAACCCGCUCUUUGGUGGAUUAAAAUCAACAAAAUCUAUAUUUGGGAGGUCAGGUCACAUGUGGGUAGAAGGAGAAGGAAUGAUUCAUGCUUUGUAUUUUGGCAAAGGCGUUGAAGGAAACUGGACCGUCUGUUACAACAACAGAUAUGUUGAAACUGAGACAUUCAAGCUGGAAAAACAACGAAACAAACCAUCCUUUCUUCCCGCUGCGGAAGGGAAUUCACCGGCUAUUGUCUGCGCUUAUGUACUUAAUAUGCUGAGAUAUGGCCAAGUUAACAAAUACCUAAGCAACACUAACAUUAUUGAGCAUUCGGGGAAGCUUUACACAAUUGCAGAAAAUCACUUGCCUCAAGAGAUUGACAUCUUAACGCUUAAAGCUUUAGAUAUGUGGGAUGUUAAUGGAGCUUGGAACCGACCAUUUACCUCACAUCCUAAGAAAGCUCCAGGGACAGGGGAGCUAGUUACCUUUGGGAUUGAUGCAACUAAACCUUAUGCUGAACUGGGAGUAAUUUCUGCUGAUGGAAAGAAACUGGUUCACCGAAUGGAUCUCAAACUAAAUAGGUGCCCCCUUAGCCAUGAAAUUUUAGUCACCCAGAGGUACAAUGUAUUCUUGGACUACGCACUAACUGUAGAUUUGGGCAGACUUCUUCUCGGUGGCCCAUUAAUAAAAUAUGACAAGGGAGGAUAUGCUAGGAUGGGUGUAAUGCACCGGUAUGGGGAUGCAGAUUCAAUCAAGUGGUUUGAAGUGAAACCAAAUUGCACAUUUCAUUUCAUCAAUUCUUUUGAGGAUGGUGAUGAGAUUGUGAUUCGAGGGUGUAGAGCCCUUGAAUCAGUCAUUCCAGGACCUGAUCAGGGUAUGAACAAAUUCGAGUGGUUUUCCAGAAAAUUCAGGCCUAUAGAAUCAACUGAAGGAAGUCUUGAUGCAAUGUCAGAAGAUCAAUUAGUGUUUCCUCGUCCUUAUGAGUGGCGGCUGAACAUGCGAACUGGGCAUGUCAAGGAGAGAAAUCUGACAGGGACUCAGUUCCCCAUGGAUUUUCCUCUGAUCCAUGGAGCUUUUACAGGUUUGAAAAACAAAUACGCCUAUGCCCAAGUGCGAGAUUGUAUUGCAAGUUCUAGUUCAGGCAUGGCAAAGUACGGAGGCCUUGUCAAGCUGUCAUUUGAAGAGCCAAAUACUGGGAUUUCUUCGAGACAGAGACAAGUAGAAGGGCUAACAAAGGAGGAAUACCAUAUGUUCAAGGAAAACACUUUCUGCACCGGAGCCUCCUUUGUCCCUAAAGAAGGAGGUAUUGAAGAAGACGAUGGCUGGAUCAUCACAUUUGUUCACAAUGAAGACACAAACAUAUCUCAAGUUUAUUUAAUUGACACAAGGAACUUCUCUAGUGAGCCAGUUGCCAAAAUUACAUUGCCAUGCAGAGUUCCGUAUGGUUUCCAUGGAGCUUAUAUCCCAAUGCAAUUGCAUGAAAAACUCACCAGGAUGGUUCCCCACGCCUGAUUCCAUUGAUUGAUCCAACAGUUGUCAGAUUGAAAUAAUGUAAUGUCAUUAAACAGACUGGGAAUGUUAUAGCCACGUAAACUGCAGUGUUGAGCUGUUGACUUGGGGGGCACAAUAGCUUGUAAGCUUAGUUAACCACCAACUUACUUCACAUCCAAUGGGAUUUGAAAAAUGGAAAAUCAUGUAAUUAUA